AUCUGAAAACUCUUUUCUUUUACAGUUUCCACUUUCCAGUGUGACAGUCACGUGUGCUUUGUUACCCUCUUGUCACUUUCAAGUGCUCAUAUGCAAAGUACAAAGUUAACCCAUUUCUCAAGUUUCCAACUUUCAACUAAAAAAACAUCAAGUUUCAUUUUUUUUUUUUACUCUUUAGCCAUAGCCACUGUAGAAAUUUCAAAUGGAUGGUGAAUACAACUUUUCUUCUAUGUCCUUAACACCAAAACCUUCAAUAGAGAAACUAAUGAGUCCUAAGUCUCCACUUCCAGGGUUUGUUGAUUUUCAUGGGAAGAGGAAGCAGUUGGUUAAGAUUCAAGUUUUGGAGAGAGAAAUUGGUUUGCUUCAGGAAGAGUUAACUUCACUAGAAGGCCUCCACCCAGCUUCUAGAUGCUGCAAAGAGCUUGAUUCCUUUGUAGGCUCUAUUUCAGAUCCCUUCACACUCACAGGAAAGCACACAAUCUCUGAAUCACAUUACUUCGGGAAGCAAAUAAGUCUUCCAUGGAUAUGUUGCUCCUGCAGUUGCCUUCUUCAUAAGAAAAUUGCAAAAUGUUGUUGUUCAUGUUGUUCAUCAUCAAACUCCAAAUGUUUUGGUAGCAGCUGCUUGAAGACUAAAUCCAUCUACACUUUCAAAAAUUGUUGCUAAGUUCUGAAGUUGUUGCACACAUAUCAUGUGUUUGAUGCUGUUUGUGCUGUUCUUUGUAAAGUUGAUGUGGAUCUAUGUUUUAAUUAUUUGAAUUAUUAAGUAUUGUUAUACAUUUUAUCAAUAAUAAAGUUGAUAUGAAUCUAAAGUAA